GUUAUUGGUUCGUUCAUUCCAUGCUCACCACCGAGACAUAAUACCUUUUUCCAACUGUAUUGAGAAGUGAAAAAAAUGUCGGAUUUAUUCUCGUAUUUCCACGAAGAAGAGUCGUUAGUUUCCUCCACCGAAUGUGAGGCUUCGCCGUCGAUGUUUGUCCGGAAUGGAAGUCGAUAACCAAACCAACCCAUCUCAUAUUAACAGCUUGCUUAGCGGCUCACUCAAAAUUGUUGAUCUAAACAAGAAAAGGAAACUAGAGGCUGAGCAGUUGGGCUUGCCUGUAUCAAAGCAUCAAUGUUGGAAGCAAAUCUUACCACCGAAGCCUCCCACUUUUGUCAGUAUUGUAGAUGGGGCUCUUAGUACAUGCACUACCGAAGUAAAGGGAUCCGAUAUUUAUGAUGCAUCUGAAACUGGAUCAGAUAAAGAUAGCAAUAGCUUUCCCAGAAAUUCCAACUCUAUGUCUUCGCAUGCUGAAGCUAAAUUUGGAACGGUAUAUUCAAACUAUUUACCAUACGACAAGGCUUUAACCUCUUCUUCUAAUCGAGGAUCCAUUUCUCAAGGUUCCCGUUGUUCUUCAUCCUCGUCAAGGAGUGUUGAAAAAGCAAUAUUUUCUCCCGGCGAGGAGACUGAAGCAGCUGAUGUUGAACUAGACGAGAAUAUUGAAGAGUCCCUUGUUGAGUAUGGAAGUCACAUGGACUAUAUCUGCUCAGAAUAUGGAAACUACUCCAUACAGCAGUACCAAGAUAAGGAGAUUGAAGAACUUCUUGAACCCAAUGAAGCACAUCCAAAUGAUUAUGUUCUUUCAUCCGGACGAUGGAGCGUCAACCAAGAGGCUCCGCCAACUACGAGGAAACCAACCAUUGAUCAAGAAUUUGAGCAGUAUUUUUCCAUGCUUAUGCUGUAGAGAAAGUACUUCUGUCUGAAUGUCUAAGCUGUGUAUGUAUUGUUGUAUAUGAAUUGACAUUAAAGUCAAUUUGCAGAAUUUGGCUGUAUAUAUGUUUGAUAGCAAUAAAUUGUUGGUUUUAUGCAGUUAUUAUGAUUACUUUCCUUUUU